GCCGCAGCUGCUCGGCGGCCGCACUCGCCGGCCCAGCGCCUCCGCCCGCCCGCGCCCCCGGGGGCCAUGGUCGCGGGGCCGAGCGCGGGGGCGGCCCCCAGCGCGGCGCUUCAUGGAGCGGCCCCGGCCCGGCCGCCGGGGGCAGCGCGAUCCCGCGGGGCCCUGUGAGCCCCCAGCGCCGCGGCACCAUGUUGCUGGUUGAGAAGACAACCGACUCUCCGGCGGCCGAGUUCUCGCUGGUGGAGGACGUGGCGCUGCACUUCGCCUGCUUGAUGGGCCGCCUGAAUGAGCAGCGCCUCUUCCAGCCCGACCUCUGCGACGUGGACCUGGUGCUGGUGCCCCAGCGCAGCGUCUUCCCGGCCCACAAGGGCGUGCUGGCCGCCUACAGCCAGUUCUUCCACUCGCUCUUCACCCAGAACAAGCAGCUGCAGCGCGUGGAGCUGUCCCUGGAGGCGCUGGCCCCCGGCGGCCUGCAGCAGAUCCUCAACUUCAUCUACACGUCCAAGCUGCUGGUCAACGCCGCCAACGUGCACGAGGUGCUGAGCGCCGCCUCGCUGCUGCAGAUGGCCGACAUCGCCGCCUCCUGCCAGGAGCUGCUGGACGCCCGCUCCCUGGGCCCCCCGGGCCCCGGCACGGUGGCCCUGGCCCAGCCGGCCGCCAGCUGCACCCCGGCCACACCACCCUACUACUGUGACAUCAAGCAGGAGGCCGAUACCCCGGGGCUGCCGAAGAUCUUCGCUCGCGAGGGCCCCGACCCCUACUCGGUGCGCGUGGAGGACGGAGCUGGCACCACUGGGGGCUCUGGGCCUGCCCCCGUCGCGCCCACCCAGCCCUUCUUCAAGGAGGAGAAAGAAGGGGCUGCGGAUGAGGCGGCCGGUGCCCCUGGCAGCCUGUGCAAGCUGGAGACGGGGGAGGAGCCGGAGGAAGAGCUGGGAGACUCGGGCACCUACAGCCGCCGGGAGCAGUCCCAGAUCAUCGUGGAGGUGAACCUCAACAACCAGACGCUGCACGUGUCCACGGGCCCGGAGGGGAAGCCGGGCCCUGCCACGGGCCCAGCCACCAUGGUGCUGGGCCAGGAGGAGGGGCUGCAGAGACACUCGGAGGAGGACGAGGAGGAGGACAACGAGGAAGAGGAGGAAGAGGAGGAAGAGGAAGAGGAGGAAGGUGGUGGCAGUGGAGGGGAGGAGGAGGAGGAGGAAGAGGAAGAGGGUGGCAGUCAGGGAGAGGAGGAAGAGGAAGGUGAGGAAGGACAGAGUGAGCAGGAGGAGGAAGAGGAGGAGGAAGAGGAAGGGCACAGCGACCAGGAUCAAGAGAGCUCAGAGGAGGAGGAAGAGGAGGAAGAGGGGGAGGCGGGGGCCAGGCAGGGCCCCGGGGGCCGCAGGGGCGGCCGAGCAGACCCCCCUCCCCACAGUCGCAUGGCCACCCGGUCCCGUGAGAAUGCCCGGAGCCGGGGGGCCCCUGAACCCGAGGAGGCAGGGCGGAGGGGUGGGAAGCGGUCCAAGCCGCCCCCAGGAGGGGCCGCCACCGCCUCUGCCCGCGGGACCCCGGCUGCCGCCGACGGACUCGGGGCCAAGGUGAAGCUGGAGGAGAAGCAGCAUCACCCGUGCCAGAAGUGCCCCCGCGUGUUCAACAACCGCUGGUACCUGGAGAAGCACAUGAACGUGACCCACAGCCGCAUGCAGAUCUGCGACCAGUGCGGGAAGCGCUUCCUGCUGGAGAGCGAGCUGCUGCUGCACCGGCAGACGGACUGCGAGCGCAACAUCCAGUGUGUGACCUGCGGCAAAGCUUUUAAGAAGCUCUGGUCCCUCCACGAACACAACAAGAUCGUGCACGGCUACGCCGAGAAGAAGUUCUCGUGUGAGAUCUGCGAGAAGAAGUUCUACACCAUGGCGCAUGUGCGCAAGCACAUGGUCGCCCACACUAAGGACAUGCCCUUCACCUGUGAGACCUGCGGGAAGUCCUUCAAGCGCAGCAUGUCUCUCAAGGUGCACUCGCUGCAGCACUCGGGGGAGAAGCCUUUCCGGUGUGAGAACUGCAACGAACGUUUCCAGUACAAGUACCAGCUGCGCUCCCACAUGAGCAUCCACAUCGGCCACAAGCAGUUCAUGUGCCAGUGGUGCGGCAAGGACUUCAACAUGAAGCAGUACUUCGACGAGCACAUGAAGACCCACACAGGGGAGAAGCCGUACAUCUGCGAGAUCUGCGGCAAGAGCUUCACGAGCCGGCCCAACAUGAAGCGGCACCGGCGCACGCACACCGGCGAGAAGCCGUACCCCUGCGACGUGUGCGGCCAGCGCUUCCGCUUCUCCAACAUGCUCAAGGCCCACAAGGAGAAGUGCUUCCGGGUCACGCACCCCCUGGCCGCCGACGGCACCCCCGCGGCCCCGGGCCUGGCCCCCGCGCAGCCCUCGGCCCUGCCGCUGCUCGCGGGGCUGCCCCCCACCCUGCCGCCGCAGCCCCACCUGCCGCCGCCCCCGCCGCUCUUCCCCACCGCCGCCCCCGGGGCGGCCCCCGCGGGCGGUAGGCUGGGCGCCAACUAACUGCAGACCCCCCCGCACCCCGAGCCUCCCUGCAGGGCGUGCACCUGCCGCCCCCCACCUCCAGAGCCAGCUGGACACGCGACCCUGGGGGGCAGGCACCCCGUGCCCAUGGAGACCACCGCACUCCCAAGUGCCCCCUUUCCAGUGACUCCUGGAAGCCUUCGCUCUGGGGUGGGGGAGCUGGUUUUUUCGUUUGAAGUGGAACUUUGCAGCACCCCUCUCCAGGUGAGAGGGGUGCACAGGAAGGGAGGGGGUCACUGGAGGGGGGCUCUGAGUCCCAGCCAGCUUCUCCUCCCCACCUCCCCAUGCCGCCAAAUGUACCCCUCAUUAUGGGGGUUCAGGAAGACUUUGGGGUGCCAGCCCCCUUUGGAGGAGGUGGGGAGCCAUUCUGAGGGUAGUGGACAUGGAGGCGGGGGCUUGAGAGUGGACACCGUCUGGUGGAGAGAGGGGCAGGCAGGGGCUGGACCCCAGGAACUAGCUUUCCCCCUUUCACCCCCUGCCCCUGUCCGGCGCCACCUGUACCAGGCAGAGCCGAGGGGCCCGCCAUGCCCUUGGGUGGGGGGAGGUGGCCACCGGAAAUUCCAGCUUCUGCAGUCAAGGACCCCCAGCCCCGCAGGUGAUGGCCCCAGGGGCAGGGUCCUGGGCAAUGGUGUGAAGGGUCUAUGGUGCUAUCAGGAGGGCAGGAGGUGAGGCUGCCGUUCCCCGGGCCUGCAGCGCUCCCGGCCUUUCCCCAGCUGCCCACGUGGCCCGGCCAGCAGGGCACGUGUGCCCAUGUUUGUCUCCACUCCCAAGGGCAGCACCGGGCCUCAUCCUUCGGCCGGAUCACUAACCACCCAAGCUGGCGUCCAGCGUCCUGAGCCCUCCUGGCCUCUUGCAUGGGCAGGCGGGCCCCCCGCCAGAAAGAGGUUCUUGCAUUUCAGGCCCCAGGGGCCAGGUGGGGGCGGCGCUUGCCCCUGUGAGGCCAGCACUCACAGGACAAUUUUUUUUUUUUUGGUUGCCAUUUAAACGUCUUUACUCCUGCCUUCACAUUGGGGAGGAAGGUUCCAUAAGCUACGUUUCCUAGGUAAGCUCUUUCCUAGCGUGUUCAUACAGUUUUGUUUGUUACACUCUCUGCACCUUAAACCUCCACGACCACCCCCCCACCGCCACCACCUUCGCAGCAUGGCUGGAGGGGGGGAGAGGCCCAAGUCCAAGGGAGUCAGUUGGUUGGGGCCAGGGGGGGAAUCAGGCCCUGCCAGCCUCAGGGCUGAUGGGGGGUCAGCACCCCCGACCUUGUGAGGCCCAGGGCUCCAGGGUGGGGGCUGGGAACAUUUUAAUCAUCAAUAAACGAAGCACUUUAUUCUGUACAGAUGUGGGCAGGCCCCAGGAGCCCAAAUGAUUUGAGGGUGGACAGUCCAGCAGUCCGCACAACCCGGCUCGUCCCAUGGGCUCGGAGGGGCAGUGCCCUGGCCCAGCGGAGUUUGGGGCUGCGGCAUCCAAGCCAGAGCCUGGCUCCUCAGGCCGCCCCCUCGGGUGGGGGAAGGAAGGCCCACCCACCUGUCUCCCCUCCCCCACCACAGCGGGCUGACUCCAGCCUCAGGGGGUCAGGCCUGGGCCUCCCAGCCUCUUGCUUUCCUGCGACUCUUUCCCUCUCCCACACCCCUUGAUCUCUGGGCUUCCACGAUGUCCUCAGGGUCCCCCCCCUCCUGCCCCUCAGUGCUCCCCCACCCUCCACCCCCAACCCCCUUGCUAUUUCUAACCUCUGGUCCAGUGCCUGGCGGCUCUUCAGAGCUGGCUCACGUUUUCAAAAAAAAAAACAAAACAAAAAACAAAAAAAAAAAAGUUGGUCUCUCCCCCCCACCCCCACCCCCAGCCAUGGACUGUAAUUCUGGGGUCCCGAUGGGCUCCCCAAGCCCGUCGCUGACCCCAAGGUCUAUUCGUUGUCACCGGCUAGCUUACCCAGCAGCUAUAGCAAGCCUGGGGGCCCAGGUGUGUCAGGCUGUGCUGACAAGGGAGACCAGAGGUGGGCUGGGGGGGGGCUGGUGGGGAAACCUGUGCCAGGACUUGGGGGCCCUGUUCUUGCUAACGUCCCCACGGAGGGCGGGGAGGAGGGAUGGAGGCAGCAGGCUGGGUACUGGUGGAAACGGUCCCUGUAGCUGAAGUGGGCAUGGCUGGCCGUCUCCUAGAACUGUCCCCACGGGGCCGGGCCCACGUCCCUGGUGCUAACAGCUCACCCCUCUGGGCCAGUGCUGACGGGAACUUCUUUCAGGCCGGACCACAGGUCUGAAGCAAUAAUGGAACCUCGGCAGUGCCAGUAGGGGGCGGGGUUCUCGUUUUACCAGCUUUCACAUUUCCUUUUUAUUUUUGAAACAAACCAACAAGCACCUGGAGUUUGGAGUGAGGGGUCUGGGGGAGGGGGUGGGGGUUGAAAUCCCUCCACAUCCCAGGGGUGGGGAGGUGCAGAGCUUGGCCUCAUGGCCUCCCACUGGCCAUCUCGGGGGGUGAUGGUGGGCUUUCUCCUUCCUUCUGGACUUCCCAGCCCACUUGGUCAGUCUUCAGGGCCUGAACCUGAACUCCCCCCGCACCCCCCCACCCCCAGCUCUCCCUGGGCUCCUGGGUCCGGACCAGCUGGGGGAGGGGAAGAGGGAGGGGAGGAGGGCGAAUGGGCCGCAAGUCCAGUGGCCGCGGUGUGGGAGCAGGGAGUGGCCCACAGCAGGGCAGGGAAGCUGUGCCCGGGCAUGUGGAUCCUUCAUGUGUGGUCACGUGUGGCCACCCCCUCCCCACCCCCCAGCGCGCUGAGUGUGUGGGGAGCAGCAGGAGCGCGAGUGAGGAGGAGGAGAGGGAAGAAUAAAUUCAGUACAACUGUC